CGGCGCUGUCAGGAGAAACUCUUGCUGCAGAGAGCAGAGAGGUUGGCCAGACAGACCGGCAAGCUGGUUUCAAGUGCACACAAUCCUACACAGACUUGAGGGAAACUGGUUUUGGUCCGAAGGCAUCGAGAACGGCGGGGAACUCCAUCCUCGCCCGGGACGCAAGCUGCUAUAAGGAGCUUGCGGGAUUUGGACACCUCCUAACUAUUUUUUUUUUCUCUUUUUUUCGGAGUUUUCUGUGAUUUCAUGAAACUUUCUACAGUGCAGCCUGUUGGUAUAGUUUAUUGUGUUGAAGCAUUUAUAUAAAACUAGAAGCUGUUUAAUUUGCGAGAGGCUGUCUCAGUGUGUGGAAGCUGCCCCUCUGUUCGUCCUACUUCGGACCUGACGGUGUGGACUCCCGCAGGCAUAGCAGAACUAUUACAGGAGGUGCUGCUGGUGCGGAGGUGGAAGAGGAUCUAGUUAUUUUGAAGAUCUAUUUUCUUGAGCAAGUGCUUUCUUUCAAAUGACUGACUUGCAGGAGCGCCACCAAGACUGAAAAGGAGCUGACAGCCUGCACCCUUCCUUUGUAUUGACGCCACCACUGAGCAAGGAGUAUGUUGAUGAAGGAGUACAGGAUCUGCAUGCCUCUCACAGUGGAGGAGUACCGGAUUGGCCAGCUGUAUAUGAUCAGUAAACACAGUCAUGAGCAGAGCGAUCGCGGCGAGGGUGUCGAGGUCAUCGAUAACAAGCCGUACGAGGACCCCGAGCACGGACAAGGACAGUUCACCGAGAAACGAGUCUACCUCAACAACAAGCUCCCCAGUUGGGCAAGAGCGGUGGUCCCUAAAAUUUUCUAUGUGACAGAAAAGGCUUGGAACUAUUACCCGUACACUAUCACAGAGUACACGUGCUCCUUUCUACCGAAGUUCUCCAUCCACAUAGAGACCAAGUAUGAAGACAACAAAGGGAGCAAUGACAAAAUCUUUGGAAGCGAGCCCAGAGACGAGGACACAGAGGUUUGUUUCGUGGACAUUGCCUACGAUGAGAUCCCUGAACGCCACUACAAAGAGUCUGAGGAUCUGCGGUACUUUAAGUCGGAGAAGACAAACCGUGGUGAGCUGCAGGAGGGCUGGAUCGACACCCAAGACCCCAUCAUGUGCUCCUACAAACUAGUCACUGUCAAGUUUGAAGUCUGGGGUCUACAGACGCGGGUGGAGCAGUUUGUACACAAGGUGAUUCGGGAUGUCCUGCUUUUAGGACACAGGCAAGCAUUUGCCUGGGUGGAUGAAUGGAUUGACAUGACCAUGGAGGAGGUGAGAGAGUACGAACGUGCCACUCAAGCAGCCACCAACCUCAAGAUCGGUACUUUCCCCCCUGCCAUCUCCAUCACAGAGACCCCCCUGCCCUCCAGCACCCGCAGUGGGACCAACAGCGCCCCGUCCACCCCGCUCUCCACGGAGGCCCCCGAGUUCCUGUCAGUGCCCAAGGAGCGUCCCAGGAAGAAGUCGGCUCCGGAGACACUGACCCUGCCAGAUCCGGGCCGCAGGGACUCGGUCUUCAAACUGUCCAGCAUUUUCUCCUGGAACUCCAGCCCCCAACCAGAAUGAGAGCAGGGCGAUGCUGGUGGUGACCCCCCCUCUACCUGCAAAUGAAUGGAGGAUGCCUGCCCAGCACAUCCCACAAUGCCCCCUCAGCCAGCUGAAGUGAAGGAGAGUUUUCACUGUCCUGCUGAUCCCAGCCCCCUCAGCAGACUAGCCGGUGUUACCGUCAAACCAAACACUCUCUGACUGCCUACACAGGCAGCAGGCAGGCAGCACGAUCCUCACAUCAGUAAGAAAUGGGGAUAUUAAGGUGUAGCGCGUUCAUUGAGAGUCUAACAAAAAGCAGCUCAAGCCUUCCUCCUUCAUCUCCCCUCCUCGUCCUCUCAGAAACAGCCAGCCAGCACAGUAAGCUCACAUGGAGGUCAAUUAGUCAGACUGAGUUUAGUGUACAUUCCUGAAAACGUCUUUACCCCUGCAGCGCAUCGCCCAGCUUUCAUGUCAGCUGAUCUCUCAGGACUUGUUGCUAAGAUACGUCAAGAUUCAGCCGGCGCACAAAAACUUAACGCAUACAGAAUUUCAUUUUAUGCUCUGAGUCUGCCCCCUGACUUUAAAACCUGCAGCUUGUGAUUUGACGUAUCUGUUUGUGUGGUUUGGACUUUUGACAGAUUGUCGUUGGCCACUGUAUCAGCUGAGUGUAAUGGUUUUCACAGUCAGGUGUAAGGUGAUUGUGUUUUCUUGUAUAUAUGUACAUUGAAGUACCAUUACAGUGUCUCUGUUCAGUUAAAAAAAAUAUGUUCAGUGAACAUGCUGUUAUGAAAUUGCUACUAUUGUGCAUUUUAAAGGAUACCCCUCUGCCCUUUCUCUCUCUUAAGUGUCUGUUGAUUAUUGUGAGUUUGAUCAACCAUGGUGUCUUUAUAAUGGCUCAUGUAAUUGCAUGGUUUUGAUUACAGAUGUUGCUUUCAGAUAUUUGUGAUUUAAAUGUCAUCCGUGUUGUUUUCCUUGUUAUCUCAGCCACAUUAUUGAUGUUGUGUUUUAAUUGUAGGCUGACAACAUGCUUAAUUUGUUGUUUUGCUGUUUUAUUCCUUUCAGCUAUAUGGAUUUGCAGUCAUACUGUUAAUGGGUUUUGUAUUCAGUAAGUGAAAAUGAAUAAAAGACUGCAGUAUCCAAAAUUGUGUGAGGCAGGGAAAUGAUUAAUUGGUAAUGCAAUGGAAAUAAAUUUGACCACAGUCUUGACUUGACACAGUUUGAACUUAGUACAACACCUUGACCUCAUGAUACUUCAGACGGUGAAAUAUAUUGUUCAAAUAAAAAAAAA